UUUAUCUCUUAAAACCCUUUUCUUCCACAUCUUUCCUUUUCUUCCUCUGCUAACUAAACCAUAAAACAGAGUGUCUACACUCUACAACAACAGCGAUCCAUCCAUUCAACACAGAAGAAUGAAAUCAAGUCGGAGAAGGCGAUGGAUCCCGACGCUCUAUCAAAGGCAUUCGUGGAGCACUACUACUCCACCUUCGACACCAAUCGUGCCGGAUUAGCCUCUCAGUAUCUGCCUUUCUCCCCCUUGAUGUUAUAUGCUUACUAUUGAAACCCUAAUUCAAUGAAGGUCAGUGUUCUAUUGAAGAAGUGAUCAUUGGUUGAUUUAAGACAUCUAUGGUUCCUUGCACCAAUUAUAGGUGAUUAUGAACUUAGGAUAUGAUGAAAGCCCUGCUAGAACGAUAAAUGGGCUUGCUUCGUCGAAUAUUCUUCAAGGCUGGUGUGGAGAAUAUCUACUUUCUAGAAGCCACUGAUAAAUUCAUCCAGCACCAACCAAAGGCUGGGUCAAUGUUAGGAUGGGAUUUAGAAAUUUCAAUGCAGAGAGCUAGGGAUUACAAGAAAAAUUAUGCUCCUAUUAGAGAAUAUGGUAAAGAAUUGACUGCCAUGGCUAGGGAAGGGAAGCUUGGCUCUAUCAUAGGAUGAGAUGAUGAUAUAUGAAGAUGCAUCCAGAUUCUCUCGAGGAGAACUAAGAACAACCCUAUCCUCAUUAGUGAACCAGGUGUUAGAAUGACUGCAAUGUCUAAAGGGUAAGAUACUAAUAUAAGUUUUAUGUAUCCUACAUCAUAUGUUACUCACAUUUGGAUUUUGUAUACCGUAGGAGAUACUUUGCUUCUUAUUGUAUAUUUGAUUUUGUACAUGAUUAUAUUCUAAGAGAAACUUUACUGUUU